CGCUGUGGCUUCUGUUGGAAGGACACCAAUUGUCGUGAGAGAACAACUCUAACAUUGCCAGCUUGUGCGACAAUUUGAGAGCGACAAUGAUCUCAAGGAAUGCUAAAAGCAGCCAUCUUCAGUGGAGCAUCAUCAUUGCGAUUGGGAGUUUAAUUGUUGCCACGGCUCAGCAUGACUUUCAAUUUGAGAAUGCAAAUAACGAGGAGGAUUUGCAGCUUGUCUUCACGGAGCCAGUGGAGCAGAUUGCAGAGACGGUGAGACCGACGAAAAAUACGCACUAUGAAAAGGAAUUAUCGCAAUGUCCCCAUUCGGAGAGCAAAAUACUCCUCUCACUUGUGCUGAAAUCACAAAGUUGGAGUAAUAUUGUUGACAAUAAGAAGACUAAAGCUGUAAAUAAGCUUUCCCGGUUCUUCAUGAUCCCAAAGAAUUUUUUCCACUUUGACGACAUUUCGAGGCGUGACAUUUACGAAAUGGUAAAAUAUUCAUCGAGUCGCGGUCCGAGUGCGCCAAAUGUGGGUUCUGGCAAGAAAGUAGGACGAAUAGAAUUCGUGGUGGGCUGCGACAAUGAACUCUUCCCCACGGGCAAAUUAAUUGCCAAUCAAAUUGCGGAACAGAUGAAGGAUGGCACCAUUGCGGAUAUCUCUGGCCUGGACUUUGAGUGGUGGUCCGUGAAUAGACGACGUGCAAGCAAUAGAGUUCCGCGGACAAAGCGCGAAACGGAAGGAUCCGGCGAGGAUGAGUAUGAUGAAUACUAUGACGAGGAGGACGAGGACGAAGAGGAAAUAACCGAAGUGCCAACCGUAUCAACACAUGCACAUCGACAUCAUGGUGAUACCAACAUUUUAGAGCGCGAUAGUAGAAUUGGUCUGACAAAGACAGUUCAGACACACGGUGGUCCUCAUAUUCAAUUGGUGGCGGACAGUACGGCGGGGAAAGUGCUUGACAAUCUCGAUCCCGAUAUUCGGGAGAGUGUGUCAAUUCUGGAGUCGGAGAUUUCAAAGACAAUAGAGAAUAAUAUGAGCAAGAUUAAGGAGAAUGAGGAGGAGCUGGAGAAGAUAUUGGAGAGUGCGAAGAAGAAGAAGCCCACGGGCAUCUUUCCGGACACAUACAAUGUGGCGGAGGAGAGCGAUAAUGAUGACUUUAUCACGCCAAUUAUCGAGACAAUUCCGGAAGAUGAGCAAAUUGAGAUCAUCAAGAAGCCUCUGCCGACGCCAUCGACUCUGUCACCGUCAACGCAGCGCCACACGACACAGCUGCCGGUCACGUUGGCCGGGAAGAAGGGCAUUGAGGAUGAUUAUGUGAUUGAGGAUGUGUCCCACAUGAGGAAAGAUGGCAUGAGGCCAAGAUAUGGGAAAGAUUUCGACACCACGGCCGCCCAUGUGGCCAGCACCACGGUGACCACGGAGAUCAGUCGAGGUGGUGGUGAGGAUGUGUGGAGGCCAGUGACGAAGGCGUCGGGUGGGCAUGAGGUAAAGGCAGUGACAAGUAGCCAAACGGCAAGUGAAUCGACCGAGGUGACCACAAAAAGCACAUUCCGUGACUCUCAGACCACCCCAAGCACACCUCUGGCAAGCACAGAGAGUACACAGCCAGAGCAAACAAGCACUUCCACCUCCCUGGCGACGACUGAGUGGUUCGAGCCAGAGGCGGUGAACAAGCCACCCGUGAUCAGGAAUCGCCUCCCGAAGCAGGCGCUCACCGCGGGAAAACCAUUCAGCCUCCACGUUCCCCUGGAGACGUUCUACGACGAUGAGGAUAGGAAUAAUUUGCAAUUAGCGCUGUAUGACAAGAAUGAUCAUCCCCUGAAAGCCAAUUCCUGGAUUCAAUUCAAUGUGGAUACAAGAGAAAUUUAUGGACUGCCUCUUGAGGACGCUGUGUCACGUUGGCAGUAUCGUCUGCAUGCGACAGACAGCAUUGGCCAGAGUGUCACGGAGACGCUGGACAUUUCCGUGCAGCAGCACAAAUCGCACAGGAGUGCAAAUCAUGAGAUCAGCAUUGGGAUUCGCCUGAAUGAGAAGUUCAGCAAUAGCGUGGAUUGGCAGAUGAAGGUGGUGCGAGGCAUUGUGUCAGCCAUGGGCGACGCCAACAUGAACAGCGUGAUUGUCCGGGAGAUUAGACACAGUCAGCAAGAUCCCAAUUCCGCCACUUUUGUCUACACCAACGAAACCCUGCCCAAGGACAGAUGUUCUGAGGAGGAGCUGGAGAAUCUGGUGAAGCGUCUGCACACGAGAGCCUUCUCGGACGCUCUUCUGCCGGAGAUUGCGCUCAAGUCAGUCACUGGACAGCCAAUUGGACCGUGUCAGAAGCAAGCUGUGCCCAAGGCGAAACCCACGCCAACGAUCUCAAAGAACUUCCCGCCGGUGCCGAGGAAUCAGGUGGACAGAGUGAAUGCAACUGUUGGACAGUUGCUGAUCUUCCAGGUGCCGCAGGACACGUUCUAUGAUCCGGAAGAUGGCACGAAUCUGAGGCUGUCUCUGUUGUCGCUGGAAGGAUCGAAGCUCGAUGCGAAGCAUUGGCUGCAGUUUGACUCGAAGAAUCAGGAAUUCUAUGGCAUUCCCAAGCCGGCAGAUGUUGGUCAGCGCGAGUAUCUCCUCGUGGCUGAGGAUCGGGAGGGACUCACGGCGACUGACGCUCUGGUUGUGGUGGUCAAUCAUGCACCCAAGAGAGACUACAGCGCACUGUUCGAGAUGACUCUUGGCAUUUCCAAUGACAACUUCAACAACUCAGCCACUCAACGGAGAUUUAUCGAGAGAGUUGCCCAAGUGUUUGGUGAUGUCUCAACUGCUAACAUUCAGGUGAGAUCAAUUCGCGCUCUUCAUCACUCUGGACACACUCUCGUCAGUUUCUACAACACCACAAUUUAUCGCCUUCAUCACAUGUGUCCACACGAUGAGAUUGAGGUCCUGAGAAAUGUCCUGAUGCACUCUGACGCCUCCGUGCGCAAUCGCGUGCGUGACACAAUUGGCACGGAGUUCAAUCUGCUGAGUGUGAAUCUGAUUCCGGCUGGCACUUGUCAGGGCACUGACACCACGUUCCACGAUCCCUUCGUGCCCAUCAAGACGGAGGACAAGCCCGCGCCCACCUUCAAGGACGACUACCUGCUGACCUUCGUGCUGCCGGCUGUGAUCAUCCUGGCAAUGCUGCUGCUCGCGUCCAUCAUCGCUUGUGUGCUGCACAGACGACGCUUGACGGGGAAGAUGGAGCUCGGGGAUGAGGAGGAGAGGCGAUCGUUCCGCUCCAAAGGCAUUCCAGUGAUCUUCCAGGAUGAACUCGAUGAGAAGCCAGAGAUUGGGAAUAAAUCUCCGGUGAUUCUCAAAGAUGAGAAGCCUCCAUUGCUGCCGCCAUCCUACAAUAGCACCAAUCCAGAUGGUGACAACGAGGAUGUGGAUGAGUACGUGCCGCCGCCGGCCGUGAUUAUCGGCGGACGGGAGAGCCGAGGAAAGUCCCCAGUCACGCCAUCAUACAGGAAGCCACCGCCGUACGUAUCGCCUUAAAGGGACGCCCAAACAAUCAUUUGUAAAAUCGAGUCAUACUUUUAAGAGAGAGAGAGAAAAGAAAGAAACACAGCUGAGAACAAAUCGCGACUGCACAAGAGAAUGACGACUUUUCUAAACAUUCUUUUACGACAGAAUUACGCAUCGCACAUUUUUCUACAAAAAAACCAUCAAGAAAGCAUUAUAAUAUAUUUUAUCAUUAAUGAUGAGGAGAAGGUGAAAAGAGAAUCAUUUUUAUCUUUUUUAUCAUCUAUCAACAUCUUAGAAUUAGCUCCUAUAUUUAGUUGUUUAAGUGUGAAGAAGUCUUUUGCGUAAAUUAUUUUCUCUUUUUUUUCAUGUGUAUAAUUAUAAUAUUUUGUGUAAUUUUGUGUUUUUUCUUUUGCGACUGACGACGAAUUUUCAUCAAAACCGCACGCGAGGCGCGCUUUUUCGAUGUUUAUCGCGAAACAAGAAGAAUCCUUAUCAUGUGAAAAUUCACUGCCAAAACCAAAAAAGUAAAAAAAGGUAAAAGGAAGAAGGAAAAGUGAAGAUUUCCGAGGAAUUAUCCGUGUUUUAACUGCGCACUUUAGGACUCUUUCGUAUCACUGCGUAAUUAAGUGAGGAGUUUAGGGUGACUUUCAAUGAUAAUCUGGACAAGUAGUGAAGAAAUUUGUAGUUGUUUGCAAGACCAGUAGAUGAAUCCAUUUAGUAAUCUAUAAAAAAUAUGAAAUAAUUGCUUCCAAUUCCCAACGUUUUUACAAGAAAAAAACACACACAAAAAUGACUAUCUUUCAGGCUAAUACAAGAAUGAAUAAAAAGUAAUAUUCUUGAAGGAUAUUUUUUAAGGAAUUGCAAAUGCAGAGAAAAUCAAUUUAAUUGAAUGAAAAGAAAAAAUCUAUAAUGGAAAAUAGACAACCAAUAUAAUUGUAAUGUACUAUAUAUUUUUAUAAAAUAAGAUUGAUAAAGAAAAAAAGUAAUGAAAAACCACAAAAUAUAUAGCGAUUAGAGAUACAUUUUUGCAAACAAUCAUUUUUUACCGCAAACAUUUUAUUAAUCACAAUCUCUUGAUAUAUCAGCGAAAGCGGAGAAAGAUUAGGAAAUGGAAAACUGAUCAUUUUUUACGGUUUCUGUGCGAAUCACACGAAGACUUUAUCAGUAGAAAUUUUGGUAUUAAUGAGAUAAAGGAAAAAGAAUCGACCUCAAAACCAGCACGAACUCAAUAAUAAUAAAUAAACUCAUUUCUCGAUGUGAGAGAAAGAGAGGAUAAAAUACUAAAUAAGGAAGUGAAUAUAAGGAAAUUAUAUAAUUGUGGCAUUUUAUUUGUGAAAGUAUAAAACUCUAAUAAACUCUAUUUACUAGUGUCUAAAAGGAGGUAAAGCCGAAGGAGAGGAAUAAUAACCGUAUGACCUAUGUAAAAACUAUAUUUAAAAAAAAAAUUGAUGAGAAAAAAAGUAUACAGCGAUGCAUUAAUCAAUUGUGGACAUUUUUGUACAUAGAGAACAAAUACUAAAAAAAAAAGAUAAAAGGUGAAUCAAUUGGAGUGGAAUUAGUAAAAGAAAAAAAAAGAGUAGAGAAGCUUUUUCCUAGGGUCGUAGUAUGAUGAAAAGAGGGAGUCAGGAAUCAUUAAGGAUUAUAUAAAGUUAUAUAAGAUGGAAGGAAAAUCUGACUAUUUUGUGUAGUGCAGUGAAAAAACAAUAAGAUGAUUAAUUAUAUAAAUCUAUAAUGAAUUUGCAUUUCAAUGCACCUCCAAAUUCUCUUCGGGCUAAAUUGAUAAAUGUUUUUAGUUACCGAAAGGGAAGAAAAUGAAUCAAUAAACGGUCAUGUAAUUGAUAAGGUAUAAA